GCGCUAUUGAUUUGCCCUAGACAAUGGGGCAAGAACCCAGCAGACAAAUAAUUGCGGCAAAACGAUAAAAACACUGAACAAAGUAAAAGAAAGAAAGAAAACUUGUUCUCACUUGAAAUGGAGAUUGUGAUGAAGUUCAUGUUUUUAGGCUUCUGGGCUUUUAAUUCUGUUUACGCCAUGGACAGUCUCUUAUCUCCAAAGGGUGUUAACUAUGAAGUCGCUGCGUUAAUGUCAGUGAAGAACAAGAUGAAAGAUGAAACAGAGGUUUUGUCUGGUUGGGAUAUAAACUCUGUUGAUCCUUGUACUUGGAACAUGGUUGGUUGCUCUGCUGAAGGCUUCGUUGUUUCUCUAGAGAUGGCUAGUAAAGGAUUAUCAGGGACAGUAUCAACAAACAUUGGAGAAUUUACUCAUCUUCAUACACUGUUACUGCAGAAUAACCAGUUAACCGGUCCAAUACCUUCCGAGUUAGGCCAGCUCUCUGAGCUUAAAACUCUAGAUCUCUCUGGGAACCGGUUUAGUGGAAAAAUCCCAGCUUCUUUAGGGUUCCUAACUCACCUAAACUACUUGCGGCUCAGCAGAAACCUUUUAUCAGGGCGAAUCCCUCAGCUUGUCGCUGGCCUCUCAGGUCUUUCCUUCUUGGAUCUAUCAUUCAACAAUCUAAGUGGACCAACACCGCGUAUAUUAGCAAAAGACUAUAGGAUUGUAGGAAAUGCAUUCCUCUGUGGUUCAGCUUCCCUAGAGCUUUGCUCAGAUGCUGCUACACCUGUGAGGAAUGCAUCAGGGUUGUCUGAAAAAGACAACAGCAAACAUCACAGCUUAGUGCUCUCUUUUGCAUUUGGCAUUAUUGUCGCCUUCAUCAUCUCUCUAAUGUUUUUCUUCUUCUGGGUACUUUGGCAUCGAUCACGCCUCUCAAGAUCAUAUGUGCAGCAAGACUAUGAAUUUGAAAUAGGACAUCUGAAAAGGUUCAGUUUCCGCGAGAUACAAUCUGCAACAAGCAACUUCAGUCCAAAAAACAUUCUAGGACAAGGAGGAUUCGGGAUGGUUUACAAAGGCUACCUUCCGAAUGGAACCGUUGUAGCGGUUAAAAGGUUGAAAGAUCCGAAUUAUACAGGAGAAGUUCAGUUUCAAACCGAAGUUGAGAUGAUUGGUUUAGCUGUUCAUCGUAAUCUUCUACGUCUCUUUGGUUUCUGUAUGACAUCAGAAGAGAGAAUGCUCGUGUAUCCAUAUAUGCCUAAUGGAAGUGUCGCUGAUCGCCUAAGAGAUAGUUAUGGAGAUAAGCCGUCUCUAGAUUGGAACAGAAGGAUAUGCAUUGCACUAGGUGCAGCUCGAGGACUUGUUUACUUGCAUGAGCAAUGCAAUCCGAAGAUUAUUCACAGAGACGUCAAAGCUGCAAAUAUACUACUUGAUGAAAGCUUUGAAGCCAUAGUUGGUGACUUUGGUCUGGCAAAGCUUUUAGACCAGAGAGAUUCACAUGUCACUACAGCAGUGAGAGGAACCAUUGGACAUAUUGCUCCUGAGUACCUUUCCACAGGACAGUCUUCGGAGAAGACCGAUGUUUUCGGAUUCGGGAUACUGAUUCUUGAACUGGUAACGGGUCAUAAGAUGAUUGAUCAAGUCAAUGGUCAGAUUCGAAAAGGAAUGAUAUUGAGUUGGGUAAGGACGUUGAAAGCAGAGAAGAGAUUUGCAGAGAUGGUGGACAGAGAUUUGAAGGGAAAGUUUGAUGAUUUGGUGUUGGAGGAAGUUGUGGAGUUGGCUUUGCUUUGUACACAGCCAAAUCCGAGUUUAAGACCGAGGAUGUCUGAAGUUUUGAAGGUUUUAGAAGGUUUAGUGGAACAAUAUGGUUAUGAGCAGACACAAAGUGGGUAUGAAGCUAGAGGUCCUAGUGUUUCUAGGAAUUUUAGUAAUGGUCAUGAAGAGAAUUCGUUUAUAAUUGAAGCUAUUGAGCUCUCUGGACCACGAUGAGACUCAAAAGAAUUGACUAUAGCAAAAAAAAGAAAAGGGUAAUUAUUCAUUGGGUUUUCCUAGUUUUGUUGUCAUUAUCAUUAUCUGUAAAUUAUUUUUUUUUGUCUUUCUUUGAAACUUUUUUCUAUUCUUUUGGUAUUUUUGUCUAAAAGGUUACUGUACAAUCUAGGAGAACUUUGUUAUCUACCAUGGUUUGCAUGAGCUAAUUUGUCAGAUCUAAGAGAACCUCUAACUCAUGUAUCUGUUUUAUAAUAGUGU